UUAAGAACAAUGUGGGGCGAUGUCACUUUUGUCAAAGAAAUGGAAUGGUCAUCGCCCUCUUCUCUGGAUCGCCAGAUCGUUUGAUCAUCGGCCUCUCCUCUGGAUUGCGAGAUCGUUUGAUCAUCACCCUCUUCUCUGGAUCGCUCGAUCGUUUACUACAUCGUCAAUCGCAAUCGAUGACCAGCACCAUGACGAGCAAGGCGAGGACGAGGACGAGGAGCGCAUCAAGCGCUUGGGACGGCUCCUCCGGUCGUGCACCGCCGCCAGGGACAUCUCCGCUGGCCGCCGCGUCCACCACAGCAUCGCCAAUCACCGCCGCCCGCCUCCCACAAUCCUCUCCAAUCUCCUCGUCGACAUGUACGCGAAAUGCGGCAAGCUCCUCGAGGCCCGAUCGGCUUUCGAUGCGAUUCAAUCGCCCAAUUGCUUCUCCUGGAACAUCUUGCUCCAGGCAUAUGCCCUUCAUGGGCAUCUGGAGUACGCCAAGAGUCUCUUCGAUUCUAUGCCCAGGAGAGAUCUCGUCUCUUGGACGGCGAUCGUCUCGUCAUACGCGCAGGUGGGAUCGACACAGCAGGCGCACUGCUUAUUCGAUUCCAUGCCCGCGAGGAAUGUUGUGGCCUGGAACGCCAUAGUCUCAGCAUUUGCCCGAGAGCGGCAUUUGCAAAUAUUGAAAAACCUCUUUGAUUGGAUGCCUGAGAGGAGCAUCGUCUCCUGGACGGCGCUCAUCGCCGGCUUCUCGCAGGCCGGAUCGCUGCGGGAGUCGAUCGCCAUCUUCGAUCGAAUGCCCACCCGCGACCUCGUCGCCCACAACGCGAUCGUGGCGGCGCUGGCCCUCCAUGGCCAUGCCGCCGACGCGAUCACGCUCUUCGAUCGAAUCCCACAGCGCGAUGUGGUCACCUGGACCGCGGCGCUGCAGGGCCUCGCGCAAGAGGGCCGGAUCGACGAAUCGCGCAGCUUGUUCGAUCGGAUGCCGUCGAGGAAUCUCGUUUCCUGGAAUGCGCUCCUCCCGGCGUACGCGAUCGCUGGACAGCUGGGAGAGGCCGAGAAGCUCUUCAAUUCGAUGCCGCAGUGGGAUUCCCACGCCUGGAACUCGAUGAUCCAGGGGUAUGGCGUCAAUGGCUUCCCGGAGAAAGCCAAAACGCUGUUUGCCAGCAUGGCGCAGCCGGAUGUCGCCACGUGGACCAAUGUGCUUGCGGCCUUUGCCGCGCGCGGGGAUUUAAACGAGGCGGAGUUCUUCUUCGCGCGGAUGCCGUGGCGGGACGUGAUCUCCUGGAACUCGAUGCUCCAGGGCUAUGCCCAGAAUGGUUUCCUGGAGAAAUCGAGCGAGGUUUUUGGCCAGAUCGCGGUCAGGGAUGUGUUUUCGUGGACGAUCUUGCUGUCGGCGUAUGCCCAGGAAGGAUGUUUGGAGGAAACGCUCCAGAUCUUCGAGAAAAUGCCGGGCAGGGACAUCGUUUCCUGGACUGCGGUCGUCCUCGCCUACGCGCAGAGCAAUCUCCUGGAGAAAUCCAAGGCCACAUUCGAUCAAAUGCCGAAGCGUGACGCUCGGGCGUGGACGACUCUCAUCGCGGCUCAUACCCAGAACGGCCAUCUUGACAAGGCUAUGAAAAUCUUCCGCGCGAUGCCACAGCGAGAGACUCUUGCAUGGAGCAUCCUCGUGUCGGCAUUUGCGAACAAUGGGCGAUUGGAAGAGGCGAGGGCGGUGUUCCAGAUCGUGCCCGAGCAGCACACCGCCACUGCCAAUGCGAUGAUCGGAGCUUACGCCACCGCCGGGCGCCUCGAAUCCGCCAAGACAGUCUUUGACGAUCUCUCCCUCUCGAGCAAAGCCAACGUUGUGUCGUGGACAGCCAUGACCGCUGCUUACGUCCGAGCGGGUUGUGAAGGCAAGGCCACCGAGCUCUUCGAUUCCAUGCCCGAGAAGGACUCGGUGUCGUGCUCGGUCGUGGUCGGGCUCCGGAACGAUGCUCUCCAGAUCAUGGAUCUCGAGGGCGUUGGUCCAAACGAGCAGACCAUUCUCCGGUUGUUUGGAGCAUGCAGCCACUUUGGAAGAGUCGAGGAAGCCAAGAAGUUCUUCUCAUCGAUGCGUGACGAUCACGGGAUAGAGCCGCGGAUCCACCACUUUUGCUCCAUGAUCGACGUUCUUGGGCGGGCUGGGCGAUUGCGAGAGGCCGAGGAGCUCGUGGAGACGAUGCCUUUUGAGCCGGAUCAAGUGGUGUGGACAGCGCUCUUGAGCGCUUGCAUUCUUCACAAGAACGUCGAGUUUGCUGCUAAAGUCGGCGAGAAGCUCGUGGAGUUGGAUCCCGCGAGCUCCACGCCGUAUGUUUUGCUGUAUAAUCUCUACGUGAAGACUGGACAGCAGCACGAGGUGGCCAAGUUGAUGAGGAAGAUGAGAGAUCGAGGCUGGAAGAACAUCGGUGAUGUGUUAGAGAACAAGCUUCUAUUGCCGUUGGAAGAAGGCGAGCAAGAGAGAAAAAAAGAUGACGAUGAUAAUGAAGGUAGACAAUAGCGUUUGAUCUAAGGAGAGUUGAACUCCAUUCGCCGACGCUCUCUUGCUAUGGAAUUUCACUCGAAUUGUGUUCCAGGAAGAAAUCUUUAUAAGCGAGCGGAUAGUGUUUAAA